GGCUGUGGGCUGAAACAUGGCUUUGGAGCAGUCUGAUAGAAACUCUCUACAAGACUCCUCCUGGUUUAUAAUCUUCAAUAAGAUUGAAUAAAAUGAACUUUAAUGCUUUAACCAUUUGAUGUUUUUUAAUUGACAGGCCAGGAUUAUAAGUGACUUUAGGAUCUUUGAUAUGUCUCCCAGGUAGGAGGUUGAGGGAUACAGAGUGUGCACUGAAUAUUAUUUAUUGAUCUACCCUUAAUAAACUAAACAAGGCUGCUGCUGACCUCUGCAAAGGCAGUUUGAGUGGACAGUGGGGUUAGAAGCCAGAGACUGACAUUUGCAAAUAUCUUUGUGAACCAAUUUAUUGAGCACUGAAUUGGGACUCAAGUUAAAUUUACUCCCAUUAAAUUUGAGGCACAGGCCAGGCGCAGUGGCUCACCCCUGUAAGCCCAGAACUUUGGGAGGCCGAGGCAGGCAGAUCAUUUGGGGUCAGGAGUUUGAGACCAGCCUGGCCAACAUGGUGAAACCCCACCUUUACUAAAAAUACAAAAAAAAAAAAAAAAAAAUUAGCUGGGCGUGGUGGCACGUGCCUGUAAUCCCAGCUACUCGAGAGGCUGAGACAGGAGAAUCGCUUGAACCCGGAGGUAGAAGUUGCAGUGAGUCAAGAUGGAGACACUGCACUCCAGCAAGAGGGACACAGCAAGACUUCGUUUUAAAAAAAAAACAAAAAACAAAAUGUGAGGCACAAAUGGGAGGUGAGGCAGUGAAGUUUGUGAAUAUACACAAUGCUCAAGGGACUCAUGAAAUGCAUUUCAUUUAAAAAAUGAAAUUGAGCAUAUGUGCAAGCAAGAUUCACACACCCCUUUAAUCUUCACAUCACCACGAGGUAGUCACUAUUAUUAUCCCAAUUUUACAAGAUUAAAACACUGACGCUGGGAGGUUGACAGGGUUACCCCAAAUCACACUGAGGAGCUGGGCUCCCCACCCCCGCUUAAGUCUCCAUGUCCCCAGGAGACGCUGACGGUGGCAGCAGCCUCUCGGGCCUGUAGGCGGAGCACUUGGCGAAGGCUUAGCCCGCCGCCGGAACUGCUAGCUUUCAGCGGGAGCCGAGACGGUGCGGGGCCCGAGAAAUACCUUCCAUCCCAUCCUGCGCCCCGAUGCUGCGCGUCCUGUGCCUCCUGCGCCCCUGGAGGCCCCUUUGGGCCCGCGGCUGCGCUUCCGACGGGGCGGCCGGGGGCCCCGAGAUCCAAGUGCGCGCCCUGGCAGGUUCCAACCAAGGAAUCACUGAGAUUCUAAUGAACAGACCUCGUGCCCGCAAUGCCUUGGGAAACGUCUUCGUCAGUGAGCUGCUGGAAGCUCUGGCCCAGCUGCGGGAGGACCGGCAAGUGCGUGUCCUGCUCUUCAGAAGUGCAGUGAAGGGUGUAUUCUGCGCAGGUGCAGACCUGAAGGAGCGGGAACAGAUGAGUGAAGCAGAGGUAGGGGUGUUUGUCCAGCGACUUCGGGGCCUGAUGAAUGACAUUGCAGCCUUCCCUGCACCCACCAUUGCGGCUAUGGAUGGGUUUGCCUUGGGCGGAGGCCUGGAGCUUGCCCUGGCCUGUGACCUCCGAGUGGCAGCUUCCUCGGCCAUCUUGGGACUGAUUGAGACUACUCGAGGGCUCCUCCCGGGGGCAGGAGGAACUCAGAGGCUGCCACGCUGCCUGGGUGUGGCCCUGGCGAAGGAGCUCAUCUUCACUGGUCGACGACUCAGUGGAACACAGGCCCACGCACUGGGGCUGGUGAAUCACUCUGUGGCCCAGAACGAGGAGGGUGACGCUGCCUACCACCGGGCACGAGCACUGGCCCAGGAGAUCCUGCCACAGACAGCUGGAGUGAAUAACUGCAUACAAAUCCCUACAGGCCGCAGCUCUGAGAGCAUGCACACCAGCACGUUACCAGUUUUUGCCAAAUCGCUCUCCCGAGGCAUACUCAUUUACUUUCCUAUCAGUAAUGCAUGUUAAUACUGGUUUCCCCAGUCUUGGCAAUAGUGGGCAUAUUGAUACUUUAGUAUUUGCUGGUCUGAGGUGAAAGAGCACAGUACCUCACUGUUGAUUUGCCUUUCAAAAGUGAACCUGCUGGACAUCUUUCACGUUCAUAAUUCUUUUCUGGUGAACAACCUUUACAUACUCUCUGUAAAUGGUUUAAAAGUUACUUUAUACCAACAUUUUUGUAAGUCAAGGAAGUUCAUCUGUCCUAAGCAUUGCAAUUCUUUUUCCCAGUGGUUUUUUUUUUUUGAGAGGAAGUCUCGCUCUGUCGCCCAGGCUGAAGUGCAGUAGCCUGAUCUUGGCUCACUGCAACCACUGCCUCUUUAGUUCAAGCGUCCUGCCUCAGCCUCCCACGUAGCUGGGGUUACAGGGGCCCACUACAACACUGGCUAAUUUCUGUAUUUUUAGUAGAGAUGAGGUUUCGCCAUGUUGGCCAGGCUGACCUCAAGUGAUCCACCCACCUCGGCCUCCCAAAGUGUUGGGAUUACAGCCAUCAGUCAUUGUGCCCAGUCGUUUUUCCCAGUUUUUUACUUUUGUCGUUUAUUCACGGCAGUUUUUUCCAAUGGAAGUUCUUCAUGUUUAUGUAGCUAGCCUUUUCACUUAGUUUUUUUUCCUAUAUAGCAUUUAUGACAGUCUAUUGUGGGAUUCAUUUAUUUCUAUGCUAAUAGACUUUAAAAAUUUACUUUUCCUGAGAAAGUUUUAUAAAUACUUCAAAUAAUAUGAUACAGAAAGUAAUUCCUCCUUGCCUGGAAGUGGGGCUGAGACCGGAGUGCUAGGGCUGCUGUGGAAGCAAGGCCAGUGACAAAGCACUGUUGCUUCUAUGCGGCUGUAUUAAAAUGCACCCCCCUCCCCCACCAACCAGGAUUUCAACCCAGCCCUAUCGACUUGAACACCCAAGUUCCUAACCCUGACUUUCACUCUGCCGGGGUAAAACCUGCUAACCGCUGAGGCUGUCAUUUGCUGAGAUGAGGUCAAGGAAGGGGGCAACAGUGGCUGGGAGUCUCACCAGUGAUUGGAUAGACACAGCCAAGUGCUUCACCUCCCUGCACUGCAAUCUAACAGCUGUAAAAUGGGUAUCAGUAAUGACACCAGCCUGCAAGUGCAGGUAGCACCAUUAGAUGAGUCUGUGGGGAGGAAAGCACUUUGUAAACUAGUUACGUUGUCCAUGUUGGAAGGAUGGGCUGAAUGACAAGAAACCCAGAGGGUCAGGGAUCAGUCUGGCUUCUUUCAUGAUAGAAAUAAUCUCAGCUAACAGGUUAUAGGACUAACAAUAAAGAAACUAUGUGUCAGUAGAAUGGCUGGCACUAGACCCAGACAUGUGCCUCCCUCCUUCA